AUGGGGGAAAUGAGCCAAGAUGAGGAUGUUCACCUUCUCGCAGACACGAAUUUGUCCGAAGGCUGGGCGUUUCGACAGACAGAUCGAACAGAGGACGAAUGGCUACCUGUGAAGAAGAUACCCUCAACUGUGCAUCAAGACCUGAUCGAUAACAAAAAGCUCGACGACCCUUUCAUCGGCUUUAACGAGAUCAAGGCAGAAUGGGUUGGCACCAAAUCGUGGAUAUACAAGAAGACAUUCAAGAGGCCCAACGUACCUGCAGGAGCUAUCGCUGUGUUGGCUUUCGACGGACUCGACACAUUUGCACAUGUCAGGUUGAACGGCAAGACGAUACUGGAAAGUGACAACAUGUUCCUGCCCUACCGCGUUAAUAUCACUCAUAGUUUGAGCUCAGACAUUGAACAAGAGCUGGAGGUUGAGUUUGACUCAGCCUUGCUUAAAGCGCGCGAGAUCAAAGCACAACAUCCUGAACACAAAUUCGUUGGGUUCAAUGGUGACCCUGCAAGAAUGGGAGUGAGAAAAGCUCAAUAUCAUUGGGGUUGGGAUUGGGGUCCUGUGUUGAUGUGUGCGGGUAUAUGGCGUCCCGUCACGCUCGAGAUCUAUUCCACUAAGAUUGCAGAUGUACGAAUAGAGCAGGAUCUGUCAGCUGAUUAUAAACGUGCUUCAACUCAAGUUACAAUGGAGCUUGAAGGUCAUGUAAAAGAGGGGUACAGUGCUGAAGUCUCCCUAUCUUUAAAUGGCAAGCUCAUCAAGAGAUCUUCAUCCGAGACGGUCCACGACAACACAUUCGUCCUACCAUUGGAAGUGGAAGAUGUCCAGUUGUGGAUGCCAAAUGGUUAUGGAAAACAAAAUCUGUAUGAUGUACAGGCUCAAAUCAUAUCGGAAAAUGGCGAUCAGAUCCACACCGUUACCAAGCGUAUUGGCUUUAGGCGGGUCGAGCUGAUACAGAGGCCAGACAGACACGGGAAGAGUUUUUUCUUCCGCGUCAAUGGAGUCGACAUAUUCUGUGGUGGCUCGUGCUGGAUCCCAUCCGACAGCUUUCUCACAAACGUCACACCUGAAAGGUUACGGUCCUGGAUGCAGCUUAUGGUCCCUGCUAAUCAGAAAAUGAUUCGUGUUUGGGGCGGCGGCAUUUUCGAGGAGGAUGCCUUCUACGAUGCAUGCGACGAACUGGGUAUUCUUGUUUGGCAAGACUUUCUCUUCGCCUGCGGAAAUUAUGGUUGCUGGCCAACGAUGUUGCAAUCGAUCGAAGCUGAGGCAGUGGCAAACGUCCGACGUUUGCGACAUCAUCCUUGUUUGGCCAUCUUUGCUGGCAAUAACGAAGAUUACCAGGUGCGAGAACAAAGUGGGUUGACUUAUAACUAUGGGGACAAGGAUGAAAGCAACUGGCUCAAGACCGACUUUCCGGCGCGAUACAUAUACGAAGCACUCCUGCCUCGCGUUAUGGCGAAAGAGCUACCCUCAGUCCCUUAUCAUCCCGGAAGUCCUUGGGGUGAUGGUAAAAUAUCAUCCGACCCAACAAUAGGCGAUAUGCAUCAAUGGAACGUUUGGCACGGUACACAGGAGAAGUACCAGAUCUUCGACUCGCUCGGUGGUAGGUUUAAUUCGGAGUUCGGCAUGGAGGCUUUCCCACAUAUUGCAACCAUUAAAUCCUUCGUUGAAAAAGAGGAAGACCUCUAUCCACAAAGUCAUGUCAUAGACUUCCACAACAAGGCCGACGGUGCGGAGAGACGCAUUGCAACCUAUCUUGUCGAGAACGUGCGGACAGCGACUAGUCUCGAAGCUUACAUUCACCUCACACAACUCAUACAAUGUGAAGCACUGAUGUUCGGCUACCGUGGUUGGCGAAAGCAGUGGGGUGACGACAGACUUUGUGGAGGUGCUCUGGUGUGGCAACUUAACGACUGCUGGCCGGUCACAAGUUGGUCAAUCUGCGACUACUACCUCAGGCGGAAACCUGCUUACUACGCCAUGGCUCGAGUUCUGGCUCCCCUUGCUAUCGGCGUACGACGUCAACACGACGAUUGGAGUGUAACGCAUGCUAGGCAGCCCAAGACACAAGAGUGGGAGCUCUGGGCUGUAAGUUCAAAAUUGGAGGACAAGAUAGUUGAUAUCGAGCUCAGAUUUGUUUCUGUCAGCACUGGUAAAGAUAUCAAGGAUAAAAUCUUGAAGACAGGAAUUUCACUAACCGCCAACGGAACGACAAAUAUCCUGAAAGGAUACAUCGACAACUUUCAGGAUGAACCGCAUGUGCUUGCUGCACGAAUGUGGGUGGAUAGCAAGCUUGUAGCAAGAGAUACUGAUUGGCCACAACCCUUGAAGUACUUGCCGUUCUCUGAACGAGGAGUCAAGGUGAAUGUCAAGGGGGAUGAUAUGCAUGUCAGUGUGCAGAGACCUGUAAAGUGUCUGGUGUUUGAGGAGCGUCAAGGCUGUCAUCUUACUGAUAGUGCCAUCGACCUGGUGCCUGGUGACGAUCAAAUCAUCACGGUCAAAGGACUUGACAAAGGAGACAAGUCGCUGGACUGGACAUACCUAGGUGCUGGUGAGCAGUGA